ACAUACCAACAUUCAGGAGAUUGCUUCAACAGAAUAGAGUAUGGACUACUUUGUGGGUGUGGAUGUUGGAACAGGAAGUGCCCGGGCUGCUCUGGUAUCCCCAAAAGGGAAGAUAGUAAAGUUGGCAACAUGUCCACUUGAAAUUUUUCAUCCUGCUCCUAAUUUUUAUGAACAAUCGUCUGACAAUAUUUGGAGUGCAGUCAUACACGUGGUGAAGUCUGUGGUGGCUGAUGUCUCUGCAGAUAAUGUGAAGGGCAUUGGAUUUGAUGCUACUUGUUCAUUAGUGGCAAUAGAUAAGACAGGAUCACCAGUCACAGUUAGUCCAACAGGGGAAGACAAACAGAAUGUUAUAUUAUGGAUGGAUCACAGAGCACAGGAGGAAGCAGAUUUCAUAAAUGCUCAAGGCCAUGAAAUGCUUCAGUAUGUUGGCGGGAAAGUGUCCUUGGAAAUGGAGACCCCUAAAAUGUUAUGGCUAAAGAAAAAUCUACCUUCAUCCUGGAACCGUGCAGCAUUGCUGUUUGACCUGCCUGAUUUCCUAACAUGGAAAGCAACUGGUUCUGAAUCAAGGUCUUUAUGCUCUUUAGUAUGCAAGUGGAAUUAUAAUGCUGGUCCAGAUGGUGACAAUGGAUGGAAUGAAGAAUUUUUCGAUCAAAUUCAGUUGAGAGAUCUUAAGAGAGAUAAUUGGAGGAAAAUAGGUAAUGAUGUGAGGACCCCCGGGGAUCCCGUUGACCAAGGAUUGUCAGCUAAAGCUGCAUCCGAUUUAGGACUUCUAAAGGGAACUGCCGUGGGUACAUCUCUUAUCGAUGCGCAUGCCGGGGGACUUGGUAUGAUAGGUUGCUCCGUGCCUGGCGUAAGUCCCAAUUUACAGAGGAGAUUAGCAUUAAUUUGUGGCACGUCAACUUGCCACAUGAUAGUUAACGAGAGGAAGCUUUUUGUCAAUGGCGUCUGGGGACCAUAUUACAGUGCCAUGAUUCCAGGAUUAUGGUUAAACGAAGGUGGACAAAGCGCGACCGGAAAGUUAUUAGAUCACAUAAUUGACACUCAUCCUGCAACACCAGGGAUUUUAAAAAGCUUAAGUGGAAAUAGGCACAUACAGCAAUACUUAUCCGAACUAUUGCAAACAAUGGCAGAUCAGAAAGGUUUAAAAAAUGUUUCAUACUUAACAAAAGAGAUUCACGUUUGGCCUGAUUACCAUGGGAAUCGCUCGCCACUGGCUGAUCCAACCCUCAAAGGAAUGGUGUCAGGGCUGUCUCUGUCCGUUGAUGAAGAGAAUCUGGCAUUACUUUACUUGGCAACAGUACAAGCAUUGACGUAUGGUACGAAGUACAUUUUAGAAACAUUAGAAGCUGCUGGUCACAAUGUAGAGGACUUACUAGUCUGUGGAGGUUUAAGCCAGAAUCCAUUGUUCAUUCAGAUACAGGCGGAUGUUUUAGGUUUACCUGUACUCUGUCCCAUUGAGAAGGAAUCAGUGUUGAUAGGUGCAGCGAUUCUUGGAUCUUAUGCAGCAGGAAAGUUUAAUACUAUACAUGAUGCAAUCAACACAAUGGGAGGAUCUGCAAAUAUCGUUAAACCACGAAAUGAAUGUUACAAGUAUCAUCUCCAGAAAUAUCGAGUCUUUCGAAAAAUGGUGCAGGAUCAAGAAAAUUACAGAGAAAUUAUGAACAACUUUUUGUAGUUACCACCACCAGUGUUAUUGUAUCUUCAAGUACAAUGAAGAAUCUCACGACGAGUAUAUCAAUACAAGGAA